GACCUAUCUGGCAAUAAUUUAUGGACUCCCCAUGACUUCCGAGAUGGAAUUAUGUUGGGAGUUGGGAAGCGGGGAGUUGGGAAGCGGACAGAAACUGAGAUACACUCCUUCAUAAACUUGAUCCCAAGAAGAAACUUGUAUAAGAGGCGAUGGCAGGGAGGGGUAAAAACAGCAAAGGAGAAGACCCUUCUUUGUCGUCGUCUUCCCCGAAAUGCAGUAGCAGGGUAGAAAGAUUAGUUAGGGAGAGACAGAUGAGACCCAAAACAGGAAGGGGUGGCAAUAAGCACAGGCUACUGGUUGUGGCAAAUAGGCUGCCUGUAUCUGCAACAAGGACUGGUACUCAUUCAUGGUCUCUGGAAUUGAACGCAGGGGGCCUCGUCAGUGCCCUUCUUGGUGUCAAGCAGAUUGAGACCAGGUGGAUUGGAUGGGCUGGUGUCAAUGUGCCUGAUCAACCUGGCCAAAUUGCUCUUGCCAAAGCUUUAGCUGAGAAGCGGUGCAUACCAGUGUUUUUGGACGAGGAGAUAGUUCAUCAAUAUUAUAAUGGAUAUUGCAACAAUGUUCUUUGGCCUCUUCUGCACUACCUUGGGCUUCCUCAAGAGGAUCGACUUGCAGCUACUCGUAAUUUGCAGUCUCAAUUUGAAGCCUAUAAGACAGCCAAUCAAAUGUUUGCUGAUGUGGUUCAUUCACAUUACAAAGAGGGAGAUGUGGUUUGGUGUCAUGACUAUCAUCUUAUGUUCCUUCCAAAGUUUUUGAAGGAAUAUGACAGCCAUAUGAAGGUUGGAUGGUUCUUGCACACUCCAUUUCCUUCAUCAGAGAUUUACAGGACGCUGCCAUCACGUGAUGAACUACUAAAAGCAGUCCUAGGAGCUGAUUUGGUUGGUUUUCAUACAUAUGACUAUGCAAGGCAUUUUGUAAGUGCAUGCACACGAAUCCUUGGAUUGGAGGGGACUCCAGAAGGAGUAGAGUACCAGGGGAAGUUGAUUCGAGUUGCAGCGUUUCCUAUAGGUAUUGAUUCAGAAAGGUUCAUAAAAGCGCUUGAGUUGUCAGAAGUCAAGAAGGACAUCAGAGAGUUAAAAGAAAGAUUUGCUGGUCGAAAGGUCAUGCUAGGUGUUGAUCGUUUAGAUAUGAUCAAAGGCAUUCCUCAAAAACUUUUAGCAUUUGAAAAGUUCCUUGAAGAGAACCCAACUUGGCGAGAUAAAGUGAUUUUGGUGCAGAUAGCUGUGCCAACGAGGACAGAUGUUCAUGAUUAUCAAAAGCUUACGAGCCAAGUUCAUGAGAUUGUGGGACGUAUAAAUGGACGAUUUGGUAGCUUGGUGGCUGUUCCUAUACACCAUUUGGACCGAUCACUUGAUUUUCAUGCUCUUUGUGCGCUUUAUGCUAUUACAGAUGUGGCACUUGUAACAUCUUUGCGCGAUGGGAUGAAUCUCGUGAGCUAUGAAUUUAUAGCAUGUCAAAAUUCUAAGAAAGGCGUGCUAAUCCUAAGUGAGUUUGCAGGAGCGGCUCAGUCUCUCGGAGCUGGAGCCAUACUUGUUAAUCCUUGGAAUAUCACCGAGGUGGCACUUGCCAUUGGCAUUGCCUUGAAUAUGUCAGCAGAGGAACGCGAGGAGAGGCACUGCCAUAACUUUGACCAUGUUACUACUCACACUGCCCAGGUCUGGGCAGAGACAUUUGUCAGUGAAUUGAAUGAUACAAUUGUUGAGGCUCAACUAAGGAUGCGUCAUAUUCCACCUCAACUUCCAGUUGAAAAUGCUGUUGAAAAGUACGGGCUGUCAAAUAAUCGUCUACUUAUAUUGGGUCUCAAUGCAACUUUGACCAUACAAGGAGAUGGACCUGGUAGAAGAGGUCAUGACCAAAUAAAAGAAAUGAAGCUUCGCUUGCAUCCUGAUUUGGGGGUAACUCUUUCGCUUCUGUGCAAGGACCCCAAAACAACAAUUGUUGUGAUAAGUGGAAGUGAGAGGAGUGUGUUAGAUGAGAAUUUUGGAGAAUUCGACAUGUGGCUGGCAGCAGAAAAUGGCAUGUUUUUGCGACCUACAAAGGGAGACUGGAUGACCACAAUGCCAGAAUAUCUUAAUAUGGAUUGGAUGGAAAGUGUGAAGCUUGUUUUUGAUUACUUCAAGGAAAGGACUCCUCGAUCAUAUGUUGAAGUUCGAGAAACUUCUUUGGUUUGGAACUAUAAGUAUGCUGAUGUUGAAUUCGGUAGAGUACAAGCACGCCAUAUGCUACAACAUUUAUGGACUGGUCCUAUAUCAAAUGCUGCUGUUGAUGUUGUUCAAGGUAGUAGGUCUGUUGAGGUUCGUCCUGUUGGUGUCUCAAAGGGAGCAGCAAUUGAUCGUAUUUUGGGAGCAAUUGUGCAUCGGCAAUGUAUGGAUACUCCAAUAGAUUAUGUCCUAUGCAUCGGUCAUUUUUUAAGCAAGGAUAAGGAGAUAUACAAUUUUUUUGAGCCAGAACUCCCAUUUGACAAAGAAGGGAAUGGGGCGAUUCAGGAAGAAAGAAGUCAGCCAUCCAAAAUAGACGCUAACUCUAGAUUAGAAGAUACAAAUCAAAUUGAAACUGGAAAUGGAGCUCUUGGUUGGCAAGAUGGAUCAUCUGUAUUGGAUUUGAAAGGGGAGAAUUAUUUUUCAUGUGCAGUUGGACGCAAACGAUCAAAUGCACGAUACUCUCUUACAUCCUCAGAGGAAGUUGUUGCUUUCUUAAAAGCUCUUGUUAGAAAGAAUCAUUCACAGCCUACUGAGACUCUUGCAAAUGGUGUGCAUAAUCUUUAUCCAUUCUAGUUUUUUUUUUAUCAAUAUAUAUAAAGUGAGAGGUAGUUAGCACAAUAACAUAUAACUGCGGCAGAGUUUUUUGAAUGUUUCUACUAUGCUCAACUCAAAUUUUGUGGUGGCUAUGGUUGUAUUUAGUUAUUUGUUGAUUACUAACCAUAAUUUUAAGAUUUUAGUAUGUUCAUUAAAUAAAAUUAGAAGUGCAUAUACCAUCCAUGCAUGAUGUUA